AUCAUUCUUCCAUCAUGACAGCCAAAGUGCAAUCAGAACAAAAGACAGGUUGUUGGACGAAAUGCUUGUUUGUGCUGUCUCUGUUGCUUGCCAUUUGUAUGGGUCUUGAUCAAGUGAUUCAUCAUUGCUACAUCUUUGAUCAACAUAAACUUCAAGAAGUGGCUCAACGCAACAUUGCCAAAUAUGGUCAAAACGAUACGCGCGCCAUGAUCCAGAACAUUGCCCUUGACUUAGAGAAAGAAUACCCUGGCCAUGUUUCCCUUAAGGAAGACUGGGUCUUUAACAAUGCUGGUGGUGCUAUGGGCGCUAUGUGGAUCUUGCACGGUUCUCUGUCUGAAUAUGUGAUUAUUUUCGGUACACCCAUUGGUACAGAAGGUCACACAGGUCGUUAUUUUGCAGAUGAUUACUUUAUUAUCUUGGAAGGUGAACAAUGGGCUUAUUAUCCUGGUGAAUUGCAACGCACUGUCUUUAAGCCUGGAGAAAUGCAUCAUUUACCCCGUGGUUUAGCUCAACACUACAAGAUUGAUCAACAUGCUUGGGCACUUGAAUAUGCUCGUGGCUGGAUUCCUGCCAUGUUGCCCUUUGGUUUCUUUGAUAGUCUCUUUUCUACCAUUGAUGUGGUGACAAUGUACCAUACAUUCCGUGUGUAUGGUACUGCUAUUAUUAAAGAAUUACUUCAAGGAAAGAUCUAAUAAAUAAACUGUUUAUUUCAAGCA